AUGUCGGGCACGAGACCCGCGUUUGAUUCACUGCCACUACAUAAAGAUGGACCCCUAGGGAAUGCCUGGGGGAUGUUUGGAGAUCGAGAUGAACUGGGCAUGCUCAAUCUGUUGACGCCGGAAAACACUGCGGCGGCCGCCCGCGAAAUUGUUGACGGUGUGCGCGUCUCAACCGACUGGGCUCUUGAUAAACAAGGCCCCCGGGUCGUUAAUGACGAUAUAUUGGUUUUCAACACACAGAGCAGUAGCCAGUGGGAUGGCUUCCGUCAUUACGGUUCGCCGCAGGGAACGUUCUUUAAUGGAUGUACCCAGGACGACAUUCAAAAUUCCACUCGAAACGGCAUUCACGUAUGGGCUGAAAAUGGCGGGAUUGUCGGACGGGGUGUGCUCCUGGACUACGCGAGCUGGGCAGAGGCCAACGGGAAAGAAGUGAAAUGCUUUGAAACCCAAUCAAUUCCAGUUUCGGCACUCCAAGAGGUGGCCGCUAGUCAAAACACCACCUUUCGGCCGGGAGAUAUAUUGUUUAUUCGCACUGGUUGGACUCGGGCAUACGAACAACUAUCUCAGGCGCAGUGUCAGCAGUUAGCCAAUCAUACCGUACCUCCAUUGAUCGGUGUGGAGUCCUCCGAAGCCAUGCUACGCUGGAUUUGGGAUCUUGAAGUGGCUGCCGUGGUGGGCGACAUGCCGAGCUUUGAAGCAUUUCCAUGCCAGGACAAGGUCUUCUUUCUCCACGAGUGGCUGCUGGCUGGCUGGGGCAUUCCGAUCGGGGAAUUAUUCGAUCUUGAGCAGCUCAGUCAGGAGUGUCGCAAGAGAGGGCGUUGGACUUUCUUCUUUAGCAGUGUGCCAUUGAAGGUGUGUCCAAGAGAGACUUCCGUGGGCGUCCUGAUCACUGACCACUUCAUUCAGGUUCCUGGUGGUGUUGCGAGUCCCCCAAAUGAAAAACUCGCUGUGCCGGCAAUCCACCCCACCCCUGUGCAGCAUGCGUGGAUCUACUAUCGUCAACUCCAGUCGCAAGCACCUGCGCGAGGCAGUCAUAUUUCACCGUGCACUGAGCCAUCGACAUCCACUCGCUUUGCGGAUGAGGGUCCAUCAGAACGCGACGAUUGGUGGUAUAAAGGAACGGACAAUCUGUUCCUGAAUCGGUCGGGAGAACAUCACUUCGUGGGUGCCUCCUCAACCACACAUCUCGCCAAACGACUCAAUCCCGGCUCCACAAACUUUGCAUGGGAUGUACGCCCACUCUACAGUGAUCCUUCAUCGCUGAGAAGACCAGUCGGCGGCGCAUUGCCUCAGUUACCCCCAUUUGAGUUUGCCAAGCGAUUGUUCUGGGUACAAUAUGCUUACAUCGGUACUAUCUUCUCAUUGAUCCAACCUGCGCAGUUUGAAGAACGGCUCGAUCUAGUUUACCACCAACCAUUGGACUUUUCACACCGUGAAUCUUGCCUAGUAUACUGCCAGACUCUGUUGGUGAUUGCCUUUGGCUUGAUGUACAGCGUGAAUCAAUGGAGUGGCGAGGAAGGACCUCCGGGCUUCAAGUAUUUCAAGCAUGCGCUACGUUUCUUGCCAGAUAUCCACGAAGAGGGCUCGAUUUUCUUCGUUGAGGUGCUAUGCUAUGUGGCAUAUUAUAUGCAGAAUCUGAACAGACGGGAUGCUGCUUUCCUUUACAUUGGACUCGCUCUCCGCAUGGCCAUCUCUCUAGGUCUUCACCAGGAGGUUUCUGACCCGUCAAUAAAUGAGGCAGACCGCAACCGCCGACGUCGAGCUUGGUGGUCUGUCUAUAGCUUGGACCGACUACUAUCGGUCAAAUCUGGCAAUCCUAUCACAAUCCACGAUGAAGAUAUUGGGAUAAACUGGCCCACAACAGUGGAUGAAUCAACUUUCGACCCAUGGCCAUCGACCGUUCUGACCCAUUAUACGAAACUGUCCCGUAUAUUAGGACGGAUUGGUGAAGAAAUCUACCGAAAGAAACCUGGAUCCGGAUCCAACCUCAUUGCUUCUGUUCAGAGUAUAACAAACGACCUUUCUGGCUGGCUAGGCCAAGUACCAGAUCGCCUUCGAAUCGAUUUUAAUACACUCGAUACCCACAUCAACCGAGAAUCGGUCUCGAUAAACUUACAUUUUUACUCAUGUGUCAACAUGACUGCGCGCCCGUUAGUCUUCUAUGUCAUCCAACGGCGACUUGACGCGGAGGUACUUGGAUCCGCUACAGAGGAUUGGAAAGAGGGACUUGCCCCGAAUACCGUCGCCGUGAUUGACAGUUGCAUCACCGCUGCACGAGCCACCACUGUUAUCAUGGAUGCAGCUGCAAAACAUAACCUCGUUGCUACAUAUGGCUAUCUUGAUGGCGAAUAUAUCUUCUCCGCUGCGUUGUUGCUGGUGAUGGUAAAUGCUGCGUUUCCGCCCAAUGAAACCAGUGCUCGGGCCAUGGAGACCGCAUUGAACCUUCUUCGGGGUAUGGCCGAUCGUGGAAAUACAUAUCUGGAUUCUCGUCACGUAUUAUUGUUGGAAUUACGGGCGGCUAUUGGACCUAAACCAACCGAAGCAAAGGAGCUCGCUGCGACGGAUUCUCUUGCUGCAGGCCUAAAGGUCCCUGUGGCGCCGACCAAAGAUGGCGUAAAUUUAUCAGAAGUUCCAAACUCAGGCAUAGAUUUAACUACUUCGCAAAUACUCACUGAUCACUGGCCACAGCAGCCAGAUAUCCCCUCGUUCCGGGAUAUCGCCUUCCAGUUCGAUCUGAACGACGAUCCAGCACUAUGGGAAGGGGCUUUGGAUCAAAUCGACAUCGACAUGGACACGGACUGGAUUGAGAAUACAUUAAAGCGAUGA